GGAAGGAGCGCCGGCCGCGUUCCAGCCUCUGUUUAAAUGGAAGCCACCUCUGGGAGAUGGACGGUAUCUACUGAUGUAGGCUUUGCAUAGCAGCUGCAGCAUCCCAGGAGAUUGCAAUGAGUGGAGGAGGGGAACAGCCAGAUAUCCUUAGUGUGGGAAUAUUGGUCAAAGAAAGAUGGAAAGUGCUGAAAAAGAUUGGAGGUGGAGGGUUUGGAGAAAUUUACGAUGCUGUGGACAUGCUUACCCGAGAAAAUGUUGCACUGAAGGUCGAGUCAGCUCAGCAACCAAAGCAAGUUCUGAAAAUGGAAGUAGCUGUUUUGAAGAAACUGCAAGGGAAAGAUCAUGUCUGUAAAUUUGUUGGCUGUGGAAGGAAUGACAGAUUUAACUAUGUGGUCAUGCAGUUGCAGGGUCGGAACUUGGCAGAUCUACGUCGAAGCCAAACCAGGGGGACCUUCACAAUUAGUACUACUUUGCGACUUGGCAAGCAAAUUCUGGAAUCUAUUGAAAGCAUUCAUUCUGUGGGUUUUUUACACAGAGAUAUUAAACCAUCGAACUUUGCUAUGGGACGUUUUCCUAGCACCUGGAGGAAGUGUUACAUGCUGGAUUUUGGCUUGGCACGUCAGUUUACAAAUUCAUGUGGGGAUGUCAGACCACCCCGAGCUGUUGCAGGUUUUAGAGGGACAGUGCGAUAUGCAUCAGUCAAUGCUCAUAGGAACAGAGAAAUGGGACGUCACGAUGACCUCUGGUCUCUGUUUUACAUGUUGGUGGAGUUUGUGGUUGGUCAACUGCCCUGGAGGAAAAUUAAAGACAAGGAGCAAGUGGGCUCCAUAAAAGAGAGAUAUGACCACCGACUGAUGUUGAAACAUCUGCCUCAGGAAUUUAACAUCUUUCUAGAUCACAUUUCUACUUUAGAUUAUUUUACCAAACCUGAUUACCAGCUUCUUAUGUCCGUCUUUGACAACAGCAUGAAGACUUUCGGGGUGACUGAGAGUGAUCUAUUUGACUGGGAAAAGAGUGGAGCUGAUGGUUCUCUAACUACUACCACCACUUCAACUACUCCUCAACUGCACACUCGACUCACCCCAGCUGCCAUUGGAAUUGCCAAUGCCACACCAAUACCAGGAGAUUUGUUGCGAGAGAAUACAGAUGAAGUGUUCCCAGAUGAACAGCUCAGUGACGGCGAGAAUGGUAUUCCUAUUGGAAUCUCUCCAGAAAAGUUACCAGAAUCUCCUGGACAUCGUCCUCAGGAAAAGGAUGUUUGGGAGGAAAUGGAUGCGAACAGGAAUAAAAUAAAACUGGGUGUCCAUAAAGCUGCUACAGAAGAGGAAAACAGCCAUGGGCCAAUUAAUGGCAUGCUUAAUGCACCAAGCCUCGGUUCUCCAAUUAGAGUCCGUUCAGAGACCACACAGCCAGAUCGGGAUGUCCCUCUGGUUCGGAAGUUACGAUCAAUCCAUAGUUUUGAACUGGAGAAACGUCUGACACUGGAGUCAAAGCCAGAUGCUGAUAAAUUUCUGGAAAUCUGCAUGGAGAAGAAGAAAAGAGAGCUGAAUGCUGGCAAUGAAUCUGCUGUGGCAGCUUCUCAGAAAACACCUGUGCCUGCUGUUUCCUCCUGUCAUGAGCAUGUUUGGCACUAUGAUGAAGAAUACCUACCUGAAGUUUCGAAACCUGUCUCUGGAAGCUCUCCAGAACAGGGUGAUGGUGGUGUUAGCAAUGGAUAUGUGGCUGUCAAUUUGAGCUCCUGCCAGCAGGAGGUUGAUUCGAAAGAAUGGGUGAUAGUGGAUAAGGAACGAGACCUGCAGGAUUUCAGGACUAAUGUAGUUGUGGGGCAUAAAACAACUGGAAGUCCUUCUGAUGAAGAGCCUGAGGUGCUUCAAGUCCUUGAGGAGUCCCCCCAAGAGGACAGGCUUAACGCUCAUACCAAGAAUGCAGCGGUUGGAGCAGCACUGGAUCUAGGUGUUGAGUGUUGUUGUAUUGCAACUUCUGAACAUUUUACAGAUCAACUAGAACUACCAGUUGGAACUGCUGGCCAUCUUCUUGCUGUCACACCUACAAGCCUGAUGGAAGCCCAAGCAGAAGGGGCGCUUACUCCACUCAACUCCCUUCACAUGCUGCAUUUCUCCAUCCCAAGAAUUUCAAGCCCCAUCCUCCGUACCCUGAGCCCUAUAGCCCACCUCACCACGCACCCGGACCCUAAGAAAGAGACUGGCUUCCCAAGGAGUCAAUCAGCAGAGAGCCACUCUUCCUCUUCCUGGUCAGCUGCCCGUAGGCAACUUCCUGUCAUUCCCAGUGGCAACAAGUUUCCCCCUGUCAUUCGCAUCUCAAAAGCACAACUCCAGCAGGUUACAAUACCCAGACCAUCAAUGGCAUCCACACAGUCUGCUUCUGAGAGUUUUCAUUAUGGUCAGCAUUUAGACAAGAGAGAUCGGGACCCCCGGCUUUUGGAACAUACCACUGACCUUUCCUCUCCUAAGGAGAACUUAGCUGGCUCAGAGGUAGCAAUUGAUGCAUUAAUUCCCGGUGGCAGUAGAACGGAUUUAGUCCUCAGGUUAGACCAGAACCUAGAGGCACUUGAUAAAGAAGGCUAUGUUGGAGAAGGUGUUGGAAUCCAAGAUCAUAACCGAACAAACCUACUUGAACAAUACACAACGAUGCAAGGAGAGAGAGAAUUUGUGAAUCUCUUUGAAGAAGUAAAAGAUGAACAGCAUCCCAUGGCUUGUGAAGAUGCCGUUGAAAUACAGACUAAAGGAUCAUGCUUAACUGCUCCAGGAAACACAGAAUCUUUGUUGGAUGGACCUCAGGCUGUUACAGAAGCAGAAGAACUGAGACCGAUGACUUCCUGCUCAUUGCCAAAUCAGGAUGCAAAACAGGAGUUUCUGAAGCAGUCAGGAGCUGAAACAUCAGAUGUUUCUUUAUCAAGAAGUACUGACCCAUUUGCUCAUAGACAGGAAAACCAGGUAGUAGCAGUGCAAGAAAAUGGUUUCCAUGAUGAUGGUGGAGAUAUUGAUCAUGCUGAGGAAUUGCAAUGCCAACAGAUGAAUCUUACCACCUUUUUGCAUCAAGAGGAGAAAGAAGAGGAAAAUGUUCAAAGAAAUGGUGAACUGUUUCACUCUAUUUCAGAGAAUGAGAUUUCUAAUCAGCCUAAAAAGGAAUUGGUUAGAUCGCCAUUUGUAGCUAGACAGAGUCGCAUUCCAGUUUUAGCGCAAGAGAUAGACUCCUCAUCUGAAUCUUCUCCUGUUUCAGCAAAAGAGAAGCUACUUCUAAAAAAGGCCCAUCAAACAGACCUCGUUAGACUACUGGUAGAAAAGAGACAGCUUAGAUCUUUCCUUGGUGACCUCUCAAGUGCCUCUGACAAGUCACUGAAAGAAAAGGUUGCAGGUCCCAUACCACUUUCUGAAGAUGUGUUGUCCUCCUUUUCCAAGCUAACAUUGGACUCCCAUUUACACAACCAAGUAGAGGAGAGUUUUUUGUCACCAAGCAGUCCUCAGUCCAGAAAGAGCAAAAUUCCAAGGCCUGUAUCUUGGACUACCACAGAUCAUGUUAGCAGCUCAAACUCAGCUCAGUUUUUUCCUCGGCCUCCACCCGGACGACCACCAACAAGGCCUGGAGUAGAGGCCAGGUUGCGCAGGUACAAAGUCUUAGGAAGCAGCAGCUCUGAUUCAGACCUGAUCUCUCGACUGGCUCAAAUCCUUCAGAACGGAUCUCAAAAGCCACGGAGCUCUUCUCAGUGUAAGAGUCCAGGAUCUCCGCAUAGCCCCAAAACACCACCCAAAAGCCCAGUCAUCCCCAGACGCAGUCCCAGUGCCUCCCCUAGGAGCUCUUCUUUGCCCCGUACUGCCAGCUCCUCACCAUCCCGGAGUGGGCGGCCCCACCAUGACCAGAGGAGUUCAUCCCCGCAUCUUGGAAGGAGUAAAUCGCCUCCUAGUCUUUCAGGUUCUUCAUCCUCCAGGAGAUCCUGCCAACAGGAGCACUGCUACAACAAGUCUAGCAAGAAUGGUCUAAAAGGAUCUAGUGGCUCUUGCCACCACUCCUCUAACAUUAAAUCUCCCACAGGGAAGAGCAAAUCAGCCAGUAAACUUAGCAGAUAGGAACUGAGUCUUAUCAGGUGUCAAAGCCCCCUCCCUAAUCUGAUGCAUGUCGUGUCUGUGUACUGUAUAUUUAAACAAAGAAAAUGUCUUCAAAAAAUCAGUGUUCAUCCUGACUUUCAAAGAAAAACAACUCUUAAGUUACAUUAUUUAUAAGGCCCACUUUAUAUUGAGUGGCCAAGCAUUGCCUAAGAACAGGCAGCAAGCAGAUCAGGCAGGCUAGAGGGCAGGGAUGGAGCAUCCAGAAAGUCCAAGAUGUGUGAAAGGUUCAGAACAAACAUUGUCUUGGAGGUGAGUGCUUUUAAUAAGUUUUUAGCUUACUUUUUAUUUUCUAAGAAAACAUGGCCUACUUUAUGCCAUUUCUCGAGGAAAGUUACAAAACCUGAAACGAUACAGUUUCGCCAUGACACCUUUAAGCCUGAGGUACUGCUCAGCUGUGUGUUUGCAGAGUUUUUAAAAAGCACAUUAUUUGGGACAGCAGUGUUCCUAUAAGUCUCUCUUUCAAUGUUCAGCUUCACACAUCAUUUUCAAGUUGUUUACUGCCCAUGUUCCUUCAUGGCUUAUACUUCCCUCCUUAAAACAACCACAACACAAUUCUCCCCCCACCCCAGCCCAUCUUGUACCACUAUAUAUUUAAUAUAGGCUGCAUCCUUAUGUACACUGCACAUCAAUCCAUUGAAAAUAAUGUCAUUUUUAUGUAAUUGCACAUAGAUAACAGGCAUUAAUUCUAACAGUUUCGGGAAAGAGUUGUUGUAUAUCUUGAACAUUCUAUUGUUGCAUAUCUUGAAUGUUCUAUUAACUGCUGUUCAGAUCCUGAUCAUUGGACAACUCAAUCACUUAUCUGUGUGUUAAUGUCUGGAGCCAAGGCUUUUUCCUUGAGGUUUCCACCAUAUAAUACAUGAAGAGUUUGGUGAUAAUGAUCACAGCAUGAGUUAAGAAAGAAAAACUGAAGUGUUUGGACCCUAGAACAUCCCUAUAUUUACAAGAUUUGUUAGAGUGCAAUAGCUUCUCAGGGUACAAAGAAGAGCCGCUGUUAAAGCUGACCAGAAAUCACCCAAUUGGGGUGAAGUGUUUAGUUAUUCACAUUGUUCCUCUCCAGUGUAAUCCUACUGAAGAUGAGCAGGACUGUUUGCACACUUAGACUUCUUACUUGACGAUUUAAUCUAAAUCUAGAAGAAAAAUGAAGCUUUACCUUCAAAGAUAACUGCAGAGCCUGUACAUAGAGAGAAGCAACAGUUGCUUUAUUUUGUUAAGAAUCUGGGAGAUAAUGCUUGACAGUAAAAUCUACAGGUCAAGAUCACAGGGAUGUUUCUUAUAUCUUAAAUGUCCCUAAUUUUAUAUUGUGUAGAAAGAAUACAUGUUCCAAUUACCCAGUAUACACAUAUGGCUACCAAACAUCAGACCAGGCAAUCAAUCCUACAAUCUAACAGAUAGAAGCCAUCACCGUUAUAGCUUCCCUGAGGUGCAGGUAUACAUAUUUCCCUAUUCAAAAGUAUAUUUUGCACUUAGGACUUGAAAUAUGUAAAACAGCAUACAGAAAAUUCAUAUUUAAGGAUUGUCUUUCACUUCCCAGAAGUGUUAGUCCCUGAAUAAGGUGAAUGGCUUCUAGUUCUAUCUAACUUUACUUAAUUGUGUGAGACUUAGAGGAAUAACUUCAUUUGCUAGAUUUAGAAAUCAACUGCUGAAUAGAACAGUAAAACACAGGAAUGUUUUAAAAUGGAUACAGCCAUCUUUCUCAAUGGAUGCUUGUUCUAGAGGAUACUGAAUAUGGGGGAACUUUGGAAAUUACUGAUCUGCUUGCUAUAGUCAUGCCUGUAACCAGCAUAAAUCUUUUUUUAAUUUAACUUUGUUUUAUUUAGUUUAAUUUGCUGCCAAAAUAGUAUCUUUGGAUGGGAAAGGGAAUCUUUUCUCUCUGAGCUAACACAUUUCUAAUGCUGCAUUG